UAUGAUGUUUCACAGUCUCUAACUCGCCAUAUUGUUGUGGUUCGCUCUGGUUUCCGUGUUGUUGCUGGUUCUGAUCCGCGCUGGUCCCGGCUCUACUCUCCCUCUCUGUGCCCGGGCUCCCCUCACUGCUCCCCGGCUUUUCUCCCUGAGGCUGCCCGCCAUGCUGAAGCGGAGCUCCGGGUGUGUCGUUGUUGUUGUGCUGCUGUUCGGCGCCGCAGCAGCGCUGAGCCCCACAUCAGCGCCUAAAGCACCAUGCAAGACUUUUACAACCUGUGACAGCUGCCUCUCAAAUGUGUCGUGCCUGUGGUGCCAGACCAACCUCUCCUGUACGGAGUACCCGGUGGCCCACCUGCUCCCCCCGGCCUCCAUCUGUACGCUGUCUCAGGCCCGCUGGGGCGUGUGCUGGGUGAAUUUCGAGGCGCUGAUCAUUGCCAUGGCGGUGGUGGGCGGAGUGCUGCUGUUGGGAAUCACAGUGUGCUGCUGCUGCUGCUGCUGUCGCUGUCAGCGAUCGUCACGGCCGGACCGCGAUGAGGAGGAGUUCGCCAGGAGGAGAGAGGAGAUCAAACAGCGCUCAGACGACCGGAAGGCGGAGAGGAGAGCGAGGCACGAUGAAAUCCGGAAGAAGUAUGGCCUCAUUCCUGACUCGGAUCAUCCCUACAGCCGCUUCGAAAACGAGUGAGGCAGGAGCCGCCUGGAGAACCCAGAAGAACGGAGGGGUUCUCCGCAAACGUCUCGGCUCCAUCAGCACGUCUGCAGUCAUCCUUCAGCUCCUUCAUUAAUUCCGUAUCCGUCUGAUUUAUUCCACACCUCCUCGGUUCCUCUCAGCACAGCCUCAUGAUUCCAGCUUGUGUUACAGGAAUGAUGGGAAAAGUCUCCCAGUUUGGUUUCGUUUCUCUCUGAGUUCUGAGUCACGGCUGAAGUUGCUUUUUGACACUUUAUUCACUCCUAAAUGUGAAAUUUACUCGUUUUCAAUCUGUUGUUUUAAUCACUCAGCUGUGCUCCUCUUAAACGUUUCCUAAUAAAGUGAAGUUGACUUUUA